AUGUCGCACGCCAUGCUGCUCCGUCUGUUCCUGGCGCCGUCGUUCUUCUCGGUGCACGUCGCGCUCAAGUACAUGAUGGAGUACUCGGACCACAUUGGCAUCACCUACUACCUCACGCGACGUUUGCGCGAGAUCGAUAUUGGCGAGCUUAGAGAGGUCUGGGGAUUCAUAUGCCAUCUGCUGGUAACGCGUCCGUCCAAGUCGCGCGCGCUGGAGUGCUUUGUGGUUGACACGGCGCAGCGGUCCACACAUAUUGCGAUGAUUACGCUUUGGUUCAUGCAGGCGUACCUUAAGGACUUCCCCCACAAUACCCAGUCCUUCGUCAUCUGCCAGCGUAUCCUCCAUAGCUGCCACGAGAUCAUCUUCGGAGAUGUCCCCGCACCAUCGAGCGGACCGUACCUCUCACUCUCCCUGCCCUUGACCUCGCGCCUUGGCCGAAAGAAGGUCAAGCCCCAUCUCGAGCCGGCACUGGUCGGGAUCGCGUCCGUCCUCGCAGGUGUUCCAGGCAUGCCAGACCUCACCAGGAUAGUCGGGAACGUCGCCGUAGAGCAGGGACGCGUCGUGGAUGAUGGCGAUGAUCACGACUUCAAGAGCAUAGAACCCCCGGUCGUGCACUCCGUGACGCCCUCGAUGUCCCCGGAGAUGGCGAAGGCCGAGCUAGAGGACUCUGAGGAGGAUGAGACAGCCGUCGAUGUUGAGGACGAAGACCAGGGGAUCGUCACGAAGGGCCGAAGGCGAGCAGUCACUGCCGCUCAGACGGUACCGGCCCUCCCGCUGCACAUGAAGGCGAAGCGACGACCUCGAUUAUCUCAUGACCCUUUCGGCCAACUAGACCCCGAAGUCGUGCCCUCCGCCUUCCAGUCCGCACCCUCGAUUUCUAGACUAUUACAACGACCGAAUCCUGCCAAUGCGGCAGACGAACUGUUACAGAAUUACGACUACACUUCACAAAUCCACCUCCUUCGAAGUCAUUACUGUCGUUCAGAGAUACAAUUCGUUCUCACCCUAGAAAACAUCUCGAACCGACUUUUGGUCGUCCCGCGACCAGCACGCGUGAGUGCUCUCCGCGCGGAGCUCACUGCCCUCAACCACCAGCUUCCAGCUGAGGUCUGUAUGCCAAUGUGGUGUACCACCUCUGACCAGCCUCAUCCUGACACGGGCAUUCCUCAUCCACACCACCGCAUCGUCCGAAUACCUCCCGGCGAAAGUGUUGUCCUCAACUCCGCAGAACGCGCACCCUACCUGCUUCUCAUCGAGGUGCUAAACGAUGACCUCGACUUCGACCCCGCGAAGCGUGCCAACCGCGAGAUACUGAAGAAGAUGGUGGCAAAAACGGAACAGGACAAGAGCGGCACCGUCGAUGCUGUACCAUUUGCUAUGACGCGUACACGAUCUAGUCAUGCGAGUCCGCCACCGACUGCAGGCAUUACCCCCGCAGUACCUCAACUCAGGCCGACGAGUCCCACUACAGUACCCCCGGAAGCGGAUGAUGACGAGAUGGACCUCGUUGAGCAGGUCUACGGACCCGACUCCUCUCUGCGCUCAGCGGACCUUGCAGACUCCAUCGUCCUCCCUCUGCCGCCAAAGAACAGGGAGCUCGAGCUUGCAGCGUGGUCACGACCGACGGCACCCAACACACCUGCAAUUGAGGAAGCACCGAACUCAGCGCACCUGCGCAACAACUCGGGCGAGACAGCGAUAUCGCUGGACGAGUACUCUGAGCGCAUGCGCACCGCAGCGAUUAUGCUCGCCCAGCUAAACGAGACGCUCGUGCGCGACCCCCAUGCAAAUGAUGCGCACCCGGGCAACGGAACGGCGGACGCGUCUGCUGCAACUCACCCAGCGGGACGAGAAGGCGGAUCGAGGAUGCGGCUGAGUUACGCGGACGCGACGGCAAUCCGGGAGCGAAUCAUGAAGGAGAUGCUGGCGCUGGAGGAGGAACGGAUGGAGCGUAUGCGUGAAAGCCAGAGCGGGGGGUUCUUGGGCCGCUCUGCUGGUGGCAGGGAGGGCGCGAUGGACGAGAACAUCAUCAGGCGGGAGCUGAACAAAGCAGAUCCCAGUGCAGUCGUCGUCAGCGAGUCGUGGGCUGCCAAGAAGAGCCGUAUACGACAAGCCUCGCCUUAUGGCCAUCUGGCCAGCUGGGACUGUAUAUCCGUCAUCAUCAAGACCGGCGGCGACUUGCGGCAGGAGCAGCUCGCUACGCAGCUCAUCUCGCAAUUCCAGCAGAUAUGGAAAGAGGAGGGCUGCGCGUGCUGGGUGCGCCCAUUCACCAUUCUUAUCACCGGCGGCACAUCCGGCCUCGUUGAGACAAUCACGGAUGCGAUGUCAAUACACUCCAUCAAGAAGGCCGAGUACGCAAGGAGGCUAACUACAGGCCGUCUUGGGCACGUCACGUUGUUCGACCAUUUCCGCGUCAUGUACGGUGAUCCCUCGUCGGCCAAGUUCGCUCGUGCACAGAAGAACUUUGCAAAGUCGCUGGCAGGUUAUUCCCUUGUCACGUACUUCCUCCAGAUCAAGGACCGACACAACGGCAACAUACUCAUCGACCGCGAGGGCCAUGUCGUGCACAUCGACUUCGGUUUCAUGCUUUCGAAUACGCCGGGCAACCUUGGCUUCGAGGCCGCGCCUUUCAAGCUACCCGUGGAGUACGUGGACGUCUUAGGUGGCAUAGAGGGCGCGCCGUUUUUGGAGUUUAGGAAGCUCUUUCGAGAGGGCUUCGAGGCGGCGCGCAAGCACUGCGACCGGAUCAUCACGCUCGUCGAGCUGAUGCAGAAAGACUCCGCACUACCCUGCUUCGCCCUGUUCGGGGGACAGACAGCGGCCCAACUACGCGAACGCUUUCAGCCAUCGCUCACCCACGCGCUCGUCGGCGACCACGUCAACCGCCUCAUCGACACCUCGCUCGGCUCACACUGGACACGACUGUACGAUUCGUAUCAAUACUACUCGCAAUCCAUCUUAUGA